CAACAUUUUUCAUCCUCUACGUGAUUCCUCUUCUGUUGCAACCGUUUCCGCUUUGGCUGGCUGGUGUUAAUUACCAAGGCGAAGUGGGUCUAAAUAUUCUUUCUGCGAAAGGCAACAGUUAAACAUCCCCCCCCACACAAAAAAAAGGAGUCGAAAGGAGCACAUCUUUCGCAAACUCCCACCAACAAUGGAAUCUGAGAGUUUCACAAGCGGAAGCGCAGAGUAAGGAGAUGCAAUCGCUGAAGGUUGGAUCUACCUCCGUACGGUAACAGGCGUUUUGAAGCAAAACUUGGAAUCGCUAUGGCCCCUGGCAAAAAUCAAACUGCGACGGACAAAAAAGACGAACUGUCUUUCUCAGUAUCAUACUGCUGGAGUCAAGGAGAGGAACACUCAGCUCACAGGAGGGAAGAACUUCUCAACGGCCAAGUCCUCACGGUCCUGUCUGCUCGCAAGGCCUGCUCGCCUGCCCGUUUUGAUAUGAAUCUUUGUGCAGCGAGACUGAAGAGCUUGGGAAUCCAGAUGACAACCGACCAGUGGAGAAAUCUAGUUCAAUCUGCAGUUCUGGAGCCAGAAGUGAGAAAGUACAUGUUCUACAAUUCCAGAGCAUUUGGGAUAGCCGUUGCUGUGGUUUUCUAUGUGACUCUCUGGAUCAAUCUUUUUUCCACUCUGCAAAUAUAUUCCUUAGGACAGAGCUGGAAAAUCAGUAUUUUGGUGACCUUAGCGGCUCUUGUGGCUGCGUUGGUCAUCAGGUUCAUCAUUCAUCAACACCAUGGAAAGAUGGAUAUGAAUACAGACAUGAGGUUGGUGGCUGCCAAUGAAGUUCUCAUGAAACAUGAACUGCUGGUGGGAGUCACGGACAAAUUGGACCAGUUUCACAGCAUCCCCCAGCUGUGGUUUGUUCAUUUCAAUGUGGAGCUGUGUCUUCAGGCCUUAGAGGAGUCAAUUAUAGAAAUGAAGAGGAAUCAGGAGGCUGUUCUGCGGCACAACCUGGACGAGCUGUGCCUUGUAACUGAGACCGCCAUCUUCCCAGCACAGGAAGAAAAAGCUGAAAGCUCUUUGGAGGAGUCACCCUUGCUGCCCGAUGCCAAGGUUAAAAGCAGAAGCACCCUGACAUGCCGAGAGCUCCUCCAGCUUAUCCCUGACGGAGCCCCCAAGGUCAUGGCUCUGCAGCUGUUGACGAUCUACAGUGGCUAUUACAUCAGGCUCUUGGUUAGCAACGAACUGCCGGAGGUUCCCGUGAGACGGCAUGUGAUGUUCAACCACAUCCCCUGUCUUUGCCAGUUUAUUGAGUUUACUGUGCUGGGAAAGAGAUGCUUUUCAUUCAAACUAAGGUGACGAACGGAAGCAGUCUGCAGCCAGCACAUCUUGAAUCCAUUCUCUACGUGAACAUCAGCUGGCAGAGAAAAGACAGAGGCAACACCCACAAUCUGCAGGGUGAGGGAAGGAAUGCUGAUUGUUCUCCAUAAACCAGAGUGAGAAGCAGAAA